AUGGGUAUUCCUACUAAAGUAGAAAACAUCGAAAUCGAUGCAACUUACUUCCGCGGGUACAAUUUAAUUUGGAAUGAUUGGUUCCGAAGUGAACCACUGAAGGAUCCUGCACAUAUAUAUGUGGACGAUACUAAUCGAACUGGAUCUAAUGGCAGUAAUUACAUCACAGAUGCAGAACUAGGCGGUGAGCUGCUGCCUGUAGCAAAAUUUCACGAUUAUUUCACCAGCGCGCUGCCUGAUACACAGUUCGGACCGGGCGUAACUAUACCUAUCGGUGGAACAGCACCAGUAUACACCGCAGAAAAUGAAAUCGACAUCAAACAGCUGUUGGAAGAUGGUAAACUGAGCGUCUUAAAAUGGCAGAGACGAAACGGCGGCGGAACAAGCACCACAGCAGCAAGCUCAGGCUACCGCGCUAUUAUGACAGAUUCACCUACGCCGAGCAGCACCGGACAUUAUACAACCUAUAUUAAUAACAACGCGACAAUCUCCAGCAGCAAUGCAGACUUUAUCAUUCCUAGUAACCUGUGGGCAGACUUGGGAGAAACCAACAGCAUUAAUAUUGCAGCGCUUCGCCGCGCAUUCAGUAUCCAGCAAUGGCAAGAAGCAUUGGCACGCGGAGGAAAUCGAUACCACGAAAUCAUCCGCAGUAUCUUUAAUACGAUUAGCCCGGACGCAAGACAACAGAUGCCAGAAUAUCUUGGCGGCUUCCGAAUGCCUAUCAAUGUAACCUCUGUACUGCAGACUAGCAGCACUGACGCAACAACGCCUCAGGGAAACGAAGCAGGAUACUCCAUUACAACAACUCAGCCGGGCGGGAAACACCUGUUUACCUACAGUGCAACGGAACAUUGCCGCGUAUAUAUACUCGGAUGUUGUAGGCUACGAUACGCAAGAGAUUGGGCGACACGCUGCAUGAUGGAAGCCGAAACAUCAGAACGGCAAUCAUGGUUUAUAACAUUGACAUAUGACGAUGAGUGUAUACCGAAACGACAUAGAAUAAACACGGAAACCGGAGAAAUAAUACAAACCGGAUAUACCGUCUGCAAAGAAGACAUACAAAAAUAUCAUAAACGCCUAAGAGAACACGCAGCGCGAGAACUAGGGCAAGAAAACAUCAAGUUUUUUACUGCAGCAGAGUACGGCGAUACAACAUUUCGACCGCACUAUCACGAAGCGAUAUUUAACCUCGAAAUACCGGACAUAAAACCAAUCGGAAAAAACGAGUACAACUGCACAUAUUUCGAAAGCGAAUGGCUGCGCAAAAUAUGGAACCACGGCAACAUAACAAUAGGUCUAUUAGAAUGGGACGCAGCUGCGUACAUAGGCAGAUACAUGACCAAAAAACAAAAAGGACAGAAUGCAGCCAUCUACGAAUGGCAAUGUAUUGAAUCUCCGUGGAGCGUUGUCAGUAACGGAGUAGGACGAAAGUAUUACGAGUUGCACAAAGAAAACAUAUACCGAAAUGAUACGGUAAUAGUCCGAGGGCGAACACACGCAAAAACCUGCAAGCCGCCAAGAAUCUUUGACAAGUGGUUCGAAGAAGAACAGCCGCAAAUAAUGGCAGCCAUCAAAGAAAGGCGAGCGGACGCAGGCAAUGACGCACUUUUAACAGCCAAAGAGCAAAACAGCUGCACUCUGGGCGAGCAGUUCUUACAGGCCGAAGAAAGAGCAAAGCGUAAAAAACUAGAAAGGAGCAAAAUAUAA